GGGAGGAAAAACACUAAAGGGGUAGCUAUGGAGAUGGAGCGUUUUCCUGGCUGCUUUCUUUGACAGGUGUUGAGUGGGGCAAAAGUCUUAAAACAGAAUUCAGCAUGUACGCCAAAGGUAAAGGAGCUGUCGUCCCUUCCGAUAGCCAAGCGAGAGAAAAGUUAGCUUUAUACGUCUAUGAGUAUUUACUGCAUGUUGGCGCACAGAAAUCCGCACAGACCUUCCUGUCAGAGAUCCGAUGGGAGAAGAAUAUCACACUCGGGGAACCGCCAGGAUUUUUACACUCGUGGUGGUGUGUAUUCUGGGACCUGUACUGCGCCGCCCCGGACCGGAGGGAGACAUGCGAACAUUCCAGCGAGGCCAAGGCUUUCCAUGACUAUAGUGCGGCCGCUGCUCCCAGUCCAGUGAUGGGCAACAUGCCACCCAAUGAUGGCAUGCCAGGAGGACCCAUGCCCCCUGGCUUCUUUCAAGGUCCUCCAGGAUCUCAGCCUUCUCCUCACACACAGCCCCCACCACACAACCCCAGCAAUCCCAUGAUGGGACCCCAUGGACAGCCCUUCAUGUCUCCACGGUACCCAGGAGGCCCCAGACCUUCUCUCCGAAUGCCAAACCAGCCUCCCGGGAGCAUCCCGGGCUCUCAGCCCCUCCUUCCAAACAGCCUGGAUCCCACUAGACCUCAAGGACAUCCAAACAUGGGAGGUCCGAUGAGAAUGAACCCCCCACGAGGAAUGGGAGGCAUGGGCCCACAGAACUACGGCGGAGGGAUGAGGCCUCCUCCGAACUCUAUGGGGCCGGGGAUGCCAGGGAUGAACAUGGGUCCCGGUGGAAGAGGUCCGUGGCCGAAUCCCAACAAUAAUUCGAUAGCUUAUUCAUCCUCAUCUCCAGGAAACUAUGUGGGUCCCCCAGGUGGAGGUGGACCACCGGGAACUCCAAUCAUGCCCAGCCCUGGAGAUUCCACAAAUUCAAGCGAAAACAUCUACACAAUGAUGAACCCCAUUGGUCCGGGUGGAAACAGACCGAAUUUCCCAAUGGGACCAGGUCCGGAUGGACCAAUGGGAGGAAUGGGAGCUAUGGAGCAGCAUCAUAUGAACGGAUCACUAGGCUCUGGGGACAUGGAUGGGUUGCCAAAGAAUUCGCCUAACAAUAUGGCAGGCAUGAACAAUCCUCCCGGCACUCCGCGGGAUGACGGCGAGAUGGCAGGCAACUUUUUAAACCCAUUCCAAAGUGAAAGUUAUUCACCCAACAUGACGAUGAGUGUGUGAUUUUUUUUUUUUAAUUUUUCAUUUUACCUCUUCAUCUCCCUUUAUCUGAAUCCCUUCCUCCCCGACCACCAUGGUGUGUCUUGCGUUGCCCUCUUCCUCCUCCUCCCCCUCUUCCUUUCUUCCCUUCCUCCUCAUCCUCCUCUUCGUGGAUGGCUUGUGGUGCCACACAGCCCCUGGGGAUUCCCCUGGACAGCAGGACUUCCCUUCGAGCCCCACAUCCCACUGCCUGUAAAAUGGGUGUGAGAGCGUGAAAGGGUCUCCAAACAGCAGGACGGACCUUCUCUGUUCAUCUGCUCCACCGAGAGCCUGCCUCUCCUUCAGCGAGAACCUUCUCAUGUAGGAUUGCGCUCUUCAUUUAGCUCUUUCCCACCCGGACGCCACCAUCAGAAUCGUGAACACGGAGGACUUUGCAGCUGUCGACUCACGUGGGACUUUUCAAAAACUCUCCUCUUGUGGGCAGGCGUUUCAAAAGAAUGAACUGACAAUGCUAUUUUAGGACAACUUUCAUUUAAUAUUUGUUUUGUUUUUGUGGGUGAUAAUAAUCUUAUUUUAAUAUUUUUGCGAUUAUCCAGCUAACGUAGGUAUGUAUUUUCCUUUCAAAGGGCACAUUGCAUCUCAGCAGCAGCAUCAAUGACGACAGAAGAAGCACACACCUGAGAAAUGCACAAUGACUUUCUGUUUACAUGAUUUGAGGCCGUUUGUUGUUUGUGUUUUUGUCUCAUUGCGUGGAUUUCCAUCAAACUGCGUUUCAAGGUACAACUGACCUCCCAGCUAUUCUCCGUUGACAGAGAAACAGCUACUUAACCACAUCAGCAUCAUGUAAUGGUGAUGUCGUUAAAAGAAAAUGUCUACUUGUUCUGCUAGAGCUUGUCUGCAGAUGCACAUUGGAUGAUCGGCUGUUUAUCCGUCUCUUUUUAGGAAAAAAAAAAAUCCCCUCAUUUUUCUGUUUCACUUGCUGGAGAGCAGCUCAGUCUGGGUACUCUGGCAGUCCUGACAGGAACUGCUCUCGGUAACUCGGCUUGUGAACCUUAGAUUUCCCCUCGUUUGUAAAUAACAGGUUUGGCUUGUGUUGUUCUUGUGUUCUUGUUAUUUACGAGUUGUCAGUGAGUCGUCCAACUUGGUUGCAUUUUCUUUUUCUUUCUUCUGGACUUCCUGUGUGGCAAAGUUUCCAUCUGGGAUUCACUCAAAAAGAACUGGACUGUGUCACAUUUUUGGACCGGUGGAUCACUUUGAACCUUGUGAUACGCUCACAAAGCUUAACUUGUUUUCAAUUGUCAGGUGUACGAUUCUCAGGCUGUGACUAUGAUAUCAAGAUGUUAACACCUAAAAAAAAUCAAAGCAAAACUGUUUAAAAGUAAAAAAAAAAAAACAGCAGUUACUCCCAUUUAAGCUAAAAUGCUAAAGCAUCUAAAUAUUGUUACUUUGAUUUGUUUUUAGGCAAAAAUAUGGUAUAAACUGGGUUUAAUUCGCAAAAUAUUAUAGCUUUUACUUCUUUUUGCUCUUUAUGUAGGUGCUGUAACCAAUGAUUUCAUAACAGCUAAUAGUAGAAUAGAUUUGACCAUUUUAAAUGCAGUAAAGCUAAUAAUGUAAUAAUCUUGAAUCUUGUUAAAAAAGACCAAUCGGAGCAGCAAAAAUAUUGAUUUUUUUUUGUUUUUUAAUUUUUUUAAAACCUUGGUAUACCUUAAUUCUAAUAAUCUGCCCAUGCCAAUCAUAGAGUUGGAUGAUUCCUUUCAGACAACACAGAGGACUGUCCUUAGGCAAGUUCCUUAACUUUGUUGCGAUGGACUUGUCUAGAUAAGACGAUGCACCUUGAAUUUUCCAGAACAUGCAGCCACAGUGAUCUAGAGAAGAGAGCAAUCAUAGAAGACUGUAAAAAAGAUAUGUCUUUUCAGUGAACUACCUUCAUUUUUUUAUGCAUUUAGCUGAAACCUAAUCGUCACACUAAGCAAAACAUGGGUACAUAUCAAACGAUUUGAGUGUUUUCCUGUAUGUUCUGUUCUCUGCCUUAUCACUGCUGCUGAAAUCAAAUUUGCUCUGUACCACUCACAUCAACAAACAAUAAGCAAUCAACAUUUGAAGCCUCUGCGGAUGAUGGCGACACAACUGUCCAUUUCCUGAUAUCAGCGGAAACAGGGAUAUCUCCAGGAUUCGACAACCCCUGACCUGGGAAUCAGUCUCUCCUUCCUUGAAUUUAAUGAAACGCUUCCCUUCUUUCCUCUCCCUCCCACCCCAACCACCCUUUCAUUUUUGUUAUUGUUUUUUUUUUUCUUUUUGUAAAUACUGUAAAAUGCAUUUUGAUAUCAUUGACAUGUUUUUGAUAUGUCAGUCACUACCAAUGAAUACAGCUGAAAGUAAAUUAUAAAUAAAACUGUUCAUGUUUUUUUUCAUAGAGAAAAAGACGCGUUAACCUAACCAUUUGGCUCACGUGGCUAAAUUUAUAAGAUACUGUAAAGUGGCUGAAUGUGUAAAUGACGGCAACAUGGUGAAGGCAUUGAAAGAAAGGACAGGACAGAAAGAGGACAGGACAGAGAGACGCAAAACUGGCCGAGGCAUCCCCGCUCCGGCUCUUCGCUCCUUUUUUUUUCUCUGUAUAAUGUUACUGUUUGCUAUGAAAUAGGAAAAAAAUCCUGUGACCAGAUUUUCCAAAGGGCAUUUUUUGUUCCUACAGAAAUGUGACCUCGUGUUGCAGUUUUGAUAUGAAGGAUUUUAUCAGUACCAGAAAACGUUUAAUCUAGAAAAAAAUGAAAUCACGAUUAUAAAAGUAAGAGUACAUCAAAAUCCGAAACUUGGUGGGGUGCGGGGUAAACUGUGUCGUUAUCCACUCCCGUGAUAGCAUUGUAUAGUGAAAAACUCUCUCACUGAUCCUCUCUCGGUCCUCUGUGUAUAUUGAUCGCUGGCCAUCUCUGUACUUCUAUUGUGAUGUAUAAUACUGUACCAUUAGGAAGAUUUGCUGGUCGGAUGGGCUGGUUGUUUUACUCUGGGAGGGUUUGGCUUGAACCAUUCGCGGUCCUCUCGGAUGACUCGGCAGUAUUCAAUAUGAAGCAGUCUGUCUCUUGGGUUUGCUUUGUAUUUCAUGGUAGGAUAGUUGAGAAUCUUGUCUUAGGGACUUAGGUGUCUUGUGUAGGUAAUAAAGAUGUUCUUUGUAUGUUUCUUUAUAUUGUAAAGUUUCUUUAGACUGAAAGAAAAACAGAUAAUUUGCUUAUAAAAAAGAAACAAUGCAUCAAUAAUAAAUGUCAUUUGAUUUUUUU